AUGUACAACAUUUUGACCCUUCAUUCUGGACAAGUUACUAAGUUUACCCUUUCCAUGUCUGAACUGAAAAAGUAUCCUCAGAUUGGCAGCUUGAUAUAUUUCCUCUCUAGGAACGGCAUUGAACAUCUUGUUCUUCAAUUUUCGGAGUGGAACCGAUACAAAUUGCCUUCAUCAUUUUUCUCGUGUUCACAGUUGAGGUAUUUAACCCAACAAAAUUGUCUAGUAUGUCCCCCACCAGUCUUCAAAGGAUUUGAUAUGUUAAUUAGCCUGGAACUGUGUCAUGUCUUAAUUUCUUCCAAGUCACUAGAAAGUUUAAUCUCUUCUAGCCCGUUUCUUGAGAAUUUAGUAUUGAAAAUCUCAGAUACUGUAAACCACAUUCAAAUUAAAGCUCCCAAGUUGAGAUCCUUCGACUUCUCAGGCUGUCUAAAACUUAUUUCCUUAAACAAUGUUCCUCAUCUUGCUAAGCUCUCUCUUUUGUAUGGAGAAUCAUUUGAGGAAUCAGAAAAAUGUGAUCUUGACAAAUUUUUUCAGUCACAUCCUGCUAUUGAGCAUCUCCACAUGGAAUACGGGAGUGUCCAGUUCUUGGUUGCUGAAGUACCAAGAAGGCUUUCCUCAGCUCUUAACUAUCUUAAAUGUCUUUACGUAUCUCUGGAUGGACUAGAUGAUCUUUCCUGUGCUCUUUGCUUGCUACGAAGCUCCCCAUAUUUACAAGAUCUUGAAGUGAAGGUAUCUAUUGAUGAAUCGGAUGAUGAAGUUGAUGAAGUUUCUACAAGCUUCUCAGAUGUGACAUUGAAUCACGUUAGGACGGUUAAAGUUGAAGGAAUAACAGGCACAAAGCUUGAUAUGCAGCUUAUCAAGCUUCUAUUGGCAAAAUCCCCAAUGCUUAAAAAGGAGCGGAGAUACUUGCAGAGUUAUCGACAUUUCAGCGGGCAUCGCGUAAAGCUGAAAUUGUAUGUCAGCUAG